AAGACCAAUCUGAAACAGCCCUAAGGAAAUCCAGAUCUUGCCUGCUUCCAUUGCUGAUUUUAAUUUCCCCAUUCUGCAGUAGCUUGUUAAUAUUAGUUCUGACCUUUGGGGCAAGGUGAACACAUGGUUGGCCUGAAGAGAAAAGGCUCCGGGUGACUCAGGAACUUCUUUGGCUACUACAGCAGCUGAUAUUUCAACAGAGGGCACACACCCCAUCUUACCAAGGGUACUUCUCCGGCCUUCCCAGGGAACCAACGAGCGCUUCCAGACUCCCUGUUUGAUGCCAUCCUCUGCAACUGCUUUGGGGGUCUAAAUGCAAGAGAGCCGUGUAUUGGAUAAUUAGCGAUGGAAGAAAGAACCUCUAGGAGAACAGCUGUGAAAGCUGCUGAGAUCUGCCUCCAUCACCUUCGCCUCCCCACCCCGUGCAGGAUAUAAGCACAUGAUCUUUGGUCUUUUAUUUGCAUACUCUACUAGUCCUGUCUUCAUUGGAGGGAAGUGACUGGCCAGACCUGAGCUGUCUUGCUGGCUGCCUUCCUUGCUGGGCUUCAACUUAUCUCCUAUGUACACAGCCCUUGGAGUUCAGAGACCUCUGCUGAUCUCUGCCCAACGUCUCCUUCUCUGCAUCCAAGCCCCCACUGGUACAUACAGGAGCAGAGGCAGACAAAGCAGGCAAGGACUAGGAAAGAGGAGAGAGGCUGGAGACAGGCUGCCAGAAGGCUCAGAGCCCCAGCGCACCUCCCUGUUCCAACUCUGUCCACCUUCUGCUAUAGUCUCAGCAACAGAAAAGACAGCUAAUAAGACAGGAAGUGAGGCCCAGUACCUUCUGGACAGUGGUGUCAUUAGCUACGACGCCUAAGAUGUCUCGAGAGAUGGGAGAGCUCACCCAAACCAGGUUGCAGAAGAUCUGGAUUCCACACAGCAGCGGCAACAGCGGGCUGCGACGGAGGAGGGGCUCAUCCAUACCCCAGUUUACAAAUUCCCCUACAAUGGUGAUCAUGGUGGGUUUACCAGCUCGAGGAAAGACCUACAUCUCCACGAAGCUCACACGCUAUCUCAACUGGAUAGGAACACCAACUAAAGUGUUUAAUUUAGGCCAGUAUCGUCGAGAGGCAGUGAGCUACAAGAACUACGAAUUCUUUCUCCCAGACAACAUGGAGGCCCUACUUAUCAGGAAGCAGUGUGCCCUGGCAGCCCUGAAAGAUGUCCAUGACUAUUUCAGUCGUGAGGAAGGUCAAGUUGCGGUUUUUGAUGCCACCAACACUACCAGAGAACGACGAUCACUGAUUCUGCAAUUUGCUAAAGAACACGGUUACAAGGUCUUUUUUAUUGAGUCCAUUUGCAAUGACCCUGGCAUAAUUGCAGAAAACAUCAGGCAAGUAAAACUUAGCAGCCCUGAUUACGUAGACUGUGACCGGGAAAAGGUUCUAGAAGACUUUCUAAAGAGAAUCGAGUGCUAUGAGGUUAACUACCAACCCUUGGAUGAUGAACUGGACAGCCACCUGUCCUACAUCAAGAUCUUCGACGUGGGCACACGCUACAUGGUGAACAGAGUGCAGGACCACAUCCAGAGCCGCACAGUCUACUAUCUCAUGAACAUCCACGUCACACCCCGCUCCAUCUACCUAUGCCGGCAUGGUGAGAGUGAACUCAACCUCAAAGGCCGCAUCGGAGGUGACUCUGGCCUCUCAGCUCGGGGCAAGCAGUAUGCCUAUGCCCUGGCCAACUUUAUUCAGUCCCAGGGCAUCAGUUCCCUGAAGGUGUGGACAAGCCACAUGAAGAGGACUAUCCAGACAGCAGAAGCCCUGGGCGUCCCCUAUGAGCAGUGGAAGGCCCUGAAUGAGAUUGAUGCGGGCGUCUGUGAGGAGAUGACCUAUGAAGAAAUCCAAGAACACUACCCUGAAGAAUUUGCACUACGAGACCAAGAUAAAUAUCGCUACCGUUAUCCCAAGGGUGAGUCCUAUGAGGAUUUGGUCCAGCGUCUGGAGCCAGUUAUAAUGGAGCUAGAACGACAGGAAAAUGUACUGGUGAUCUGCCACCAAGCUGUCAUGAGAUGUCUUCUGGCCUACUUCCUGGACAAGAGCUCAGGCCAAGCCAGCUUCUCACAGCUGUCCUGGGGGAUGGAUCAGGCAGGGCUGGGCACAUGCUCUCACCUUUAUUACUCAGAUGAGCUGCCGUAUCUCAAGUGCCCGCUGCACACAGUGCUCAAACUGACACCUGUGGCUUAUGGUGAGUGCCCCCAGCUUCAUCUGGAGGCCGUAAACACACACCGGGAGAAACCUGAGAAUGUGGACAUCACCCGAGAACCUCAGGAAGCCCUGGACACUGUCCCUGCCCACUACUGAGCCCUUUCUAAGAGGUCAAACUGCCUCUCUCCUCACUGUCUUCCACCUUUGGGAGCUGCUAUCAUUGCUACUCUCUUAUCCUGAGAACUAUCUGGACUUGGCCUCACUGGAAGAGACCCGCUUCCAGUGAAGAAGCCCUCAUCAGCUGCAAAACAGGUCUUGGUUUCUAGCUACAACCAAGGAGUUGUCCAGCUCAGAAUGAAACUUUUUCUUUCUGAAUUCCUAUUCCCUGAUCAAUAAAGACUUCUCUUACUGCCUGCAAAAGGGGAGAAGAGGUCAUUGUAAGGCUUCUCUGACAAGAUCUUGUUAAGAUGCUGACCCUGUGAAAUGGCUCUGGUGCUGUGGGGCUGUGGAAUGGGUGAGAGCUUCCUGGAGAGAAAGGCUUUGGGGCAGUACCUCCAAACGUGAGGGAGGAGAUAGGUCCAGGUGAGUGCCUAUGGCCUUGUUCCUUGGUGAGCAGCAUGACUGAGGACAACAUCUUCACCCCUACACUCAGAGAAGAAUCUGCCUUUGGACCACAUUGCUCCUCUCUUCCCCAACACUUGCUGCCAUCCUGAGUGAUUUCACUUGUCCAAAUAAAUGAUCCAAACAAUACCCUAGCCUCCCAUUCCCCUGCCCCAUCAACUUCAGUGACCAUCUUCCCUUCAUCCACUCCAUGGACCUUGGUUGGCAUAAUCCAGACUUCGCUCUAGUCUGACUUCUUAAAGACAAGCAUCCCACUACCUGACCACUGACCCUUAGUCCUUCCAACUUUCUGUGUCAACCACAGGAUCCCUAGCAGCAUGCCUCUCACACAGCAGGCAUGUAUGUAGUAUUUCUUAAAUAAACAAUAUUGGUUCUUCUACUGCA